CUCGCGCGCUGGUUAAAAAGAGGGAGAAAAAGACCAAAAGAAACAUGUGAGCAUUUCUGAAGAUCCAGUGAGAGUCGACUUAGUUACCUACCAACCACUGUGCAGUAACCGAUUUUAACUUAUGAGCAAGCAAGAAAGUUAAGCUGACAUCAAACCACUGUGGUCGUUAUUUUUUCUUAUUACUUUUUUAUAUGAGAAAAUGUUUUUCUAUGUUAUUACAUCAUAACCAGCACUUGUAUUAAUUUAUUAUAGAUUACUAUUUUCUUGUAAUAUUUAAUUCGGAUUUCUUUAUGUUUCUAUAUUCUUGUAAAUUAUUGCAUUUAUUAUUUACCUCUGGAAAACAAAAUACUCGUUAAAUUGGAAAGAAGCUGCGCCGUUCUUUUUUUCAAGAGAAGAGUCGUUUUGUUCUCCGAUUAGAUAUAUAAGCUUCGUUGGAGAUUCUCUGAAACAUGAAGCAUUUGAAAUUCGUGCUGGUAAUGGCAAUCGCGGUGAACGUAUGGGAAUGUAGCGACGCAAAAUUUGGGGAGAAAGGCGAAAUUAGUCCAAGGAGGAGGAGAUGUUACGAUGGAAGCUUACCGAAGCGCCUUAAAAAGAGAGACCGAAAACUGUCACUGGACAGCAGCGUGGAGGUUUGUCACAGGUUGUACCCCCGCGUGUCCUGCUGUCCCAGUAAGAGGGCUGCCUAUCAGAUUCUUCACCGGCGGGAUGCCAGGAUAUUUUCCACCAACAACACUGAGUGUGCAAAGCUGCUGGAGGAGAUCAAAUGCGCUCGCUGCUCGCCCCACGCCCAGGUGCUGUUCCAGUCACCUGACCUCGACAAGGGGCCCCGCGGCGAAGCCAACCUGCCCCGACUCUGCCCCGACUACUGCAGGAGCUUCUACUACACCUGCAGAGGGCACAUACCAGAACUGUUCCAGGCUGACGUGGACGAGUUCUGCCAGUACUACGGGAGGAGAGAUGGUGGACUGUGCUUCCCAGACUUCCUCAGAAAGCAAACGCGAGGGCCAGCCUCCAACUACCUGGACCUGGACCAAUACGAGAAAAUAGAGGACAUCAACAGAAAACACAAGCACAACUGCUACUGCGCCCAGGAGGUGGUGUCUGGCCUCAGGCAGCCGGUGGAAGUGGUGCAUUGUGGGGACGGAUCCCAGCGACUCUUCAUCCUGGAGAAGGAGGGCUUCGUCAAGAUCCUCACCCAUGACAUGGUGCUCAUCAAAGAACCUUUCCUGGACAUCCACAAGCUGGUCCAGAGUGGGAUAAAGGGAGGAGAUGAAAGGGGGCUCCUAAGCCUCGCAUUCCAUCCCAAUUACAGGAAAAAUGGGAAGCUGUACGUGUCCUACACCACCAACCAGGAGCGCUGGGCUGUGGGCCCCCACGACCACAUCCUGCGCGUGGUGGAGUACACCGUCUCCAGGAAAAACCCCAACCAGGCGGACGUUAGGACCCAGCGGGUGCUGAUGGAGGUGGCGGAGCUGCACAGGAAGCACCUGGGCGGGCAGCUGCUCUUCGGGCCGGACGGCCUGCUGCACGUUGUCCUGGGCGACGGAAUGAUCACGCUGGACGACAUGGAGGAGAUGGACGGGCUCAGUGACUUCACUGGGGCGGUGCUGAGGGUGGAUGUGGACACUUCCAGCUGUGCGGCCCCUUACUCCAUCCCUCUGAACAACCCCUACUUCAACAGCACCAACCAGCCGCCUGAGCUCUAUGCUCACGGGCUGCACGACCCGGGCAGGUGCGCAGUGGAUAGGCUUUAUAUGGACGCAAACGGGAGCGUGGUGAUCCUGUGCACGGACUCGAUCAGCAGAAACUCCACCGCAGGAAGAGUGCUGCAGAUUCUGAAGGGGAAGGACUACGAACACGAGCCGUCCAUCUUGGAGCUGAAGUCCGGCAGCACCGCGUCCCCCGUGGGGGGGUUCCUGUAUCGAGGCUGUCAGUCUAGAAGGCUGUUCGGCAGCUACGUGUUCGGAGACCGAGCCGGGAACCUGCGCAUCCUCCAGCCGCCUCCAGAGGGCGUGGUGGGCGGGGCUUGGCAGGAGAAGGCCCUCUGUCUGGGCAGCAGCGCCUCCUGUGGCAGCUCCCUGUCAGGACACAUCCUGGGAUUCGGGGAGGAUGAGCUCGGAGAGGUCUACAUACUGGCCACGAGCAAAAGCAUGGUCCAGUCCCACAGCGGGAAGCUCUACAGGCUGGUGGACCCCAAAAGGCCCCUGGUCCCUAAGGAGUGCCAGCGGUUGGUGCAGGCCCCGGAGCUGCUGGCCACGGCGUGCUCUCGGCACUGCAAGAACGGCCACUGCACCCCCCCAGGCCGCUGCUGCUGCAGUGCAGGCUGGGACGGGCCCUUCUGCAGAGUGGCCAAGUGUGAGCCGGCCUGUCGUCAUGGAGGAGUCUGCAUCGAACCCAAUAAGUGCUACUGUAAGAGCGGGUACUCUGGGGAGCAGUGCGAGAAGGGGGAGGGGGGCACCACGGGGGGGGGUAGAGACGGGAUCCUGGACCAGAUCAUAGACAUGACGUCCUACCUGCUGGACCUCACCAGCUACAUCGUAUAGGCACAGACCGGCCCCGACCCUCACCCCAACCGGCCCAGACCCCUACCGGCCCGGACCCUCACUUCAACCGGCCCGGACUCCUACCGGCCCGGACCCUCACCCCAACCGGCCCGGACCCUCACUUCAACCAGCCUUCACCCUCACCCCAACUGGCCCAGACCCCUAACCGGCCCGGACCCUCACCCCAACCGGCCCGGACCCCUACCGGCCCGGACCCUCACCCCUACCGGCCCGGAUCCUCACCACAACCAGCUCAGACCCCCACCCCAACCGGCCCGGACCCCCACCCCAACCGGCCACCACAUUUCCUCUACUCCACAGGACCAAGGCUCUGUUCAUCCACCGUUCAACUAUUUCCUGUCCCUCCACCGCCACUUCCUGUUUGUUCUCCUGCCAAUAAGCUAUGCUCCUUUUCUUAGAAUGGACUUCCCAAAAAAAAAAAAAAA